AUGAUCCAUACUUACCGACUGGCCGGUUUUCGGCAUGCUGCCGGUCCGGGGCUACUGAAGAACCAUGCCCGAGUCUUCGACUUCGCAACUGAGAUCUUGAAGCAGCAUCGCGGCACAUUCUUCAUCAAAGGGCCUGUCUUUGGAAACAUGGAUAUGAUGAUCACCUGUGAUCCUGCAAAUAUCAACUACAUAUUGUGCAAGACCUUUCCCAAUUUCGGAAAAGGCCCCGGUUUCAAGGACAUAUUUGCUCCCCUGGGAGAUGGAAUAUUCAUUGCAGAAUCGGAGUUAUGGGAAAACCAGAGGCGACUCUCCAAGUCUGCCAUAAACCACGCCGGUUUCCAAGAGUUUGUCGCCGCGGCUACGUGGAAGAAGCUCGAGACAGGACUAAUUCGGAUUCUGGAGCAUUUUUCGGAUAAUAGAAUGGCAGUGGAUUUACAGGACCUGUUCAAGCGAUUUACCUUUGAUUGUUUCUGCAUUACACUUUUAGGACACGAUCCUGCUUCGAUGUCGAAAGAUUUGCCUCAUUUACUCUAUGAAAAAGCCUUUUCGAUUGCAGAGGAAGCCGGGUUGUACAGGCAUUUGCUGCCGGGAGUUGUUUUGAAGACUCAAAAAUGGCUUCAAAUUGGCAGAGAGGGGAAGCUGAGCCAGGCUAUGGAAGCCAUUGAUGAAUACUUAUCUUUCUGCAUAUCACUCAAGCACGACGGACACAUGAAUUCAAACGAUCCUGACUUACUAACAAGUUGCUUGAAAGCGCUAGCCGAGAAGGAAGCUAAUGUAAUUUCCAAGAAAGUGUUGAAGGAUUUGAUGCUGAAUUUGAUCUUUGCAGGAAAGGACACGAUCAGCGCCACGCUUAGCUGGCUCUUCUGGCUGCUCGCGACCAAUCCAGCCGAGGAAGAAAAGAUUCGAAACGAGGUUGUAGCAAAUUCAGGGGAGCCUGGAAAGUGGACAUUUAACACCAUGGAUGGUCUGAACAAAUUGAUUUAUCUGCACGGCGCAGUGUGCGAAGCGCUGCGCCUGUUUCCGGCGGUGGCAGUUCAGCACAAGUCUCCAUUGAAGCACGAUGUACUUCCGAGCGGGCAUCCCAUCAAGGCGAACACUAGGACAUUCCUAAUCUUUUACUCGAUGGGGAGAAUGGAAUCGAUUUGGGGUGAGGAUUGCCUGGAGUUCAAGCCAGGGCGAUGGAUUUCCGAGGAAGGACGGAUUAAGGUGGAGCCGGCGUACAAGUUCACGGCCUUUAAUGCCGGGCCAAGGACGUGUUUGGGGAAGGAUGUCAGUUUCUUACAAAUGAAAACUGUGGCUGCGGCCAUGAUCAGCCGGUUCAAGAUUGAGGUGGCGGAAGGGCAUCCGGUGCAGCCGAGUGAGUCGAUCAUUCUCCACAUGCGACGUGGCCUCAAUGUUAAGGUUUCGAAGUAUGCCUAA